CUUGAGCCUUGCGCGUGCCGCAUAGACCCUGUGAGCCCCAGUGUCCGCUUUGGCGCCGCGGAAAAUGGCAUGCCGAAGACCUCGACACAGCCUUUUCCCGGACGCCCUCAGUGGCCGUGACAUCCCGCACAGCGAGGCCUUGCCCAUGCGCGAAGAUGUGGACAGCUUGAAGGUCUUUCGGCAUUUGUUGGAGAAGGAAAAGCGACUCGCAUCCAGAUGGAGGAAGCAGACGGACCACAGCCCGUGGAUGGACCCGGCGCUGUCCCACCAUGAGAGCCGCCUGAAGCCGGGGGACGGUGUGCGCCUGAGUCUCAGCCGCAGCCACCCGGAGCUGACUGGGGUGAGUGGCACUGUGGUUUGCAUUGAUCGCCCCAGCGAUGGCGGGCGAGUCACAGUGAAGCUUACGGCCGGAGCCGAGGGGAAGCCAAAGAAGCUCAAGGUCCGGCCCACGCUGCUGCUCCCAGGCAGAAACACCUCGGGAGCGUUUCCCAUAGCACCAGACUGGUCACUUCCUGAUCUUGGCCGCCCAGGGAGGAUGAGGACCACUUUCUGAGCCCUGCGCUGCAUGGGUCAUUUCCACUAGUUUUUGAGCAAGCCACUGAUUGGACC